AUGGAUACUCGAACGGUUUUUUCAGAUUCGAACUAUAUUUUCAGUAAUGGUAGCAGUAUAUGUUGCGUCGCCGAUACCGAAUCACUCUCACCUGAACCGUCACCAACAGAGGUCUCUGCUCUCAAACGCCUCUCCGAAACCUUAGAAUCGAUCUUUGACUCCUCAUCGGACUUCAAUUUUUACGCCGACGCAAAGAUUACGGUUUCCGGGCGUGAAGUUCCAGUUCACCGAUGCAUCUUAUCGGCGAGAAGUCCUUUUUUCAAGAGUGUGUUUAGUGGAAAAGAAAGGAAUGCCAAAUUGGAAUUGAAAGAAUUGGCGAAGGAUUUCGGAGUGGGGUUUGAUGCUCUGGGCACUGUGUUGGCGUAUUUGUACAGUGGAAAAGUGAGGGCUUUGCCCAAAAAUGUGUGUGCUUGUGUUGAUGAUGAGUGUUCUCAUAUUGCUUGUAGGCCGGUUUUGGAUUUUUUGAUGGAGGCUUUGUAUGCGUCUUACACUUUUCAGGUCUACGAAUUGGUUGCUCUGUUCCAGGGGCACCUUCUAGACAUCAUUGACGAGGCUGCAGCAGAUGACAUUUUGGUGGUUUUAUCUGUUGCAAAUAUAUGUGGUAAAGCAUCUGAGAGACUGCUUGCUAGAUGCAUUGAGAUUAUUGUCAAAUCCGAUGUUGAUAUCCUAACGCUUGAUAAAGCCUUGCCCCAGCAUAUUGCAAAGCAAAUCAUAGAUUCACGCUUGGAGCUCAGCUUGCAUGGGCCUGAAGGCAAUGGCUUUCCUGAUAAACAUGUGAAAAGAAUACAUAGAGCACUGGAUUCAGAUGAUGUUGAAUUAGUCAGAAUGCUACUGAAAGAGGGUCAUACUUCUCUAGAUGAUGCAUAUGCACUCCAUUAUGCUGUUGCAUAUUGCGAUGCAAAGACCACAACAGAACUUCUUGAUCUUUCGAUUGCUGAUAUAAACUGUAAAAAUCCAAGGGGAUACACUGUGUUGCAUGUUGCUGCAAUACGAAAAGAGCCUAAAAUAAUAGUAUCCCUUUUAACUAAGGGAGCUAGGCCUUCUGAUCUCACAACUGAUGGCAGAAAAGCGCUUCAGAUCUUAAAGAGGCUCACUAGGGCUGUGGACUACUACAAGUCAACAGAGGAAGGAAAAGCUACUCCAAAGGAUCGGUUGUGCAUAGAGAUCUUGGAGCAAGCAGAAAGAAGAGAUCCAUUGCUAGGUGAAGCUUCAGUUUCUCUUGCUAUGGCUGGCGAUGAUCUGCGCUUGAAGUUAUUGUACCUUGAAAAUAGAGUUGCACUGGCAAAAUUUCUUUUCCCCAUGGAAGCCAAAGUUGCAAUGGAUAUUGCCCAAGUUGAAGGCACAUUAGAAUUCUCAUUAGCUGGCAUCAAUUCUAAUAAUUUAGCUAAUGCCCAGAGGACAACAGUGGACUUGAAUGAGGCACCUUUUAAGAUUAAAGAGGAGCACCUGAGCAGGCUGAGAGCACUGUCCAAAACUGUUGCACUGGCAAAAUUUCUUUUCCCCAUGGAAGCCAAAGUUGCAAUGGAUAUUGCCCAAGUUGAAGGCACAUUAGAAUUCUCAUUAGCUGGCAUCAAUUCUAAUAAUUUAGCUAAUGCCCAGAGGACAACAGUGGACUUGAAUGAGGCACCUUUUAAGAUUAAAGAGGAGCACCUGAGCAGGCUGAGAGCACUGUCCAAAACUGGUAAGAUGUUUUAA